UGUGCUCCGCUUGCAAAAUCCAGUUGCUUGGAGAGAGAUGAUGCUUCCUCUGUGUCACCAGCAGCAGCAGCAACCAUUAACUCUUCCCAAAACCUUUCCCGAUCGAAUUUUCCCGCCAUUCCCUGUUCCCAAAACCCUAAUUUCGCGACGCAAUGUCCGUCGAGCGAACUCCGUCGUCGUCUGUAGUUCUGCUUCUUCCGAUCGGAAGACUCUUCCCCAAUCGGCUAUCCAGAGAAUCGCUGAGAAGCUUCGUAGCCUUGGAUUUGUGGAAGAGAAGCAUGAUUCACCGACUAGGAGAACCACGGGAGAAGAAUCUGGUAAGAAUAAUUCCCCAGGAGAGAUAUUCGUUCCGUUGCCUAAGCAGCUUCCCAUUCACCGGGUCGGGCACACGAUUGACACGAGCUGGAGCACGCCUACUUACCCGGUUCCGAAGCCCGGGUCGGGUACUGCCAUUUCAAGGUACCAUGAGUUGAAGAGAGUGUGGAAGAAGGAAACGGAGAUAGAGAGGAAGAAGGAGGAGAAGGUUCCGUCCUUGGCGGAAUUGACAUUGCCGCCGGCGGAGCUGAGGCGGUUGAGGUCGGCGGGGAUUAGGUUGACGAAGAAGCUGAAGAUUGGCAAGGCUGGGAUUACGGAAGGGAUCGUGAAUGGGAUUCACGAAAGAUGGAGGACAACGGAGGUUGUGAAGAUUUUCUGCGAAGAUAUUUCCAGAAUGAACAUGAAACGGACCCAUGACGUCUUGGAGACAAAAACUGGAGGCUUAGUCAUUUGGAGGUCGGGAAGCAAAAUUUUGUUGUAUAGAGGGGUAAAUUAUCAGUACCCUUAUUUUGUAUCUGAUCGGGAUUUGGCGCAUGAUUCCUCAGUGGAAACUACUUCAGGAGUAUCAUCUAUGGAUCAGGGAGUGGUUGAUAGUAGAGAGAAACAGAGUAUUGCAGAAUCUUCUGCCCUGAGUAUUACUAAUAAAAUGGUUAAACCGAUGUUAAUGCAAGGCGUUGGUUCUCCGGAUAAGGUUCGGUUUCAAUUACCUGGGGAAGUACAGCUAGUAGAAGAAGCAGACCGUUUGUUGGAGGGAUUGGGUCCAAGAUUUACUGACUGGUGGGCAUAUGAUCCCCUUCCCGUAGAUGGUGAUCUUCUGCCAGCCGUAGUACCUGAGUACAGGAGACCAUUUCGCCUUCUUCCAUAUGGCGUCAGUCCAAAACUAACUGAUGAUGAAAUGACCACUAUAAGGAGACUUGGUAGACCACUCCCUAGUCAUUUUGCUUUAGGUAGAAAUAGAAAUUUGCAGGGACUAGCUGUUGCAAUUGUCAAGCUUUGGGAGAAAUGUGAGCUUGCCAAGAUAGCAGUGAAGAGAGGAGUGCAGAACACUAAUAGCGAGCUGAUGGCCGAAGAGUUAAAGUGGUUGACUGGAGGGACUCUGAUAUCUCGGGAUAAAGAUUUCAUUGUCCUGUACAGAGGAAAGGAUUUCCUACCAGCUGCAGUUUCUUCUGCAAUAGAAGAGAGGAGAAGGCAAACAAUGAUAAUGGAGAAAUCUAGUGUGCAUGGUAAUAAGCUGACUGAAAACGAAGAAGAAAUAAAACCUCGGGCUGUUAAAGACGAUAUUGAACUAGAAGCUAAGGAUCAGAAGGAUCAUAUUCAAACCCAUCAGAUGAAACCAAGACAGCGGAAAUCUCCUGAGGCAAUCCUUGAAAAAACUAGUAUGAAGUUGUCCAUGGCGUUGGAAAAGAAAGCAAAUGCAGAAAAAAUUCUGGCGGAUCUGGAGAAUAGAGAGAGUCCUCAACUUUCUGAUAUUGACAAGGAGGGUAUUACUAACGAUGAAAAGUACAUGCUCCGGAAAAUUGGCUUGAAAAUGAAGCCUUUCCUUUUACUAGGUAGAAGAGGCGUCUUUGAUGGAACAAUAGAGAACAUGCAUCUUCACUGGAAGUAUAGGGAACUUGUGAAGAUCAUUUGUAAUGAACACAGCAUUGAAGCUGCUCACGAAGUAGCAGAAAUCUUGGAAGCAGAAAGUGGUGGCAUACUAGUUGCUGUGGAGAUGGUGAGUAAGGGCUAUGCAAUUAUUGUGUAUCGUGGAAAGAAUUAUGAGCGGCCUCCAUGUCUACGACCUCAAACACUUCUCAGUAAGAGAGAGGCGCUGAAGCGGUCUGUGGAGGCACAACGUCGAAAGUCAUUGAAGCUGCAUGUGUUGAAACUUUCCAACAAUAUCGAGGAAUUGAACCGUCAGUUGGUCGAGGACAGCGCAACCAAUGAAACAUGGUCAGAUGGGGAAUCAAGUAACAGGAUGGCCGAAGAAGAAACAGAAAAUCAGCAUACUGAACCUGACAAAUCAAGAGAAGGAAUUGAACUCGGCUAUUCAUGUGACUUAUCAGUUCCUUCCUCUGGUGAAGAAAACUGGGAGGAUGACAGCGAAAGUGAAGUAGACCCAUUUACUACGAGCAGUCAUGAGUAUCAAGAAGAUGAAUCUGGAUUUGGCUCGUCUCAGAGACACGAUGGUAACUCUCUCGAUUCAUCUGCAAAUAUAUCUGUGCUUGCGGAAAGCAGUUCUGCCAAUGCUUCUUCAUUUCAUGAUAGAUCCAUGCCGCGAAAAAGCUUUCUGAAUGCUGAGCGAAAGUUACCAGCUGGAAAAGAACUGGGAUCAUCAACUGGAAGUGGCUCAGGAGUCUCAGCUCUGAGCGAGAGGAAAAGCAAAAAUGAUGGGUUGGUCACAGAUCUGUCCAAUAGAGAAAGGCUCAUUCUGAGAAAACAAGCCCUUAAGAUGAAGAAGCGCCCACCCUUUGCAGUAGGAAGAAGCAACGUUGUUACGGGUUUAGCAAGAACACUGAAGAUGCAUUUUCAGAAAAACCCUCUAGCAAUCGUAAACGUCAAAGGAAGAGCCAAUGGAACAUCUGUGCAAGAAGUCAUCGCAAAGCUAAAGGAAGAAACAGGAGCUCUUCUGGUGUCGCAGGAGCCAAGUAAAGUCAUACUUUACCGCGGAUGGGGCGCAGAAGAAGAAAUGAAAAGCUUCUACCCAAAUAACAAUGUCAAAAGCUCUAUAAAUCUAACCUCUACAAAAAGCUUUGUUGAGGAUCCUCCUCAUGUGUCUCCUGCACUCAUUGAAGCCAUAAGACUUGAAUGUGGAUUGUAAUAAUGUUUAAAAUUAUUAGAUGUAAAUAAUUUAAUGAUUUAACAUUUGCUAGAAAGUGAAAUGUUUCAAACUCCAAUGGAACGAGAAUGGCUCUGUCUA